AUGGCUCUGAGUCCCCGGCCUCCCUGGGGGAAGCCUGGGGCCCAGGACCCUGGGGACCCAGGCCGUCAUUUCUCUCAGCAACCCCGACAUUCAGGGAUUCUAACCUACCCGUUCUACGGAGGGGGCCACAGCGCCCCACGGAAGUCCCUCCCAUGCGCGAGGAGGAGCCGGGCAGUGGUGAAGCCACCUUUCCGCGAGGUUUUCUCGGGAUACCCCACACCGUCUCCGGCCAAGAACGGCUCUAAGCCCGUCCACGGCAACCACCACCCGCAGUCCCCUGCCGUGCCGUCCAGCUACCCGGCCGGUCCUGCCCCCGCACCCCCGGCCCUGGGCAAUGGGCCGGGCAGCAACGGGGCCCCUGCUGCACCUCCCAAGGCCAACCCCACCCCGGGCCACAACGCGGGCACCCCCACCCCCUACGCCCAGGCCGUGGCCCCUCCCGCCCCCAGCACCGGCCCAGCCCAGCCCAGGCCCCCCAGCGUCCAGCCCGGCGGGAGCGGCGGCAAGCAAAACGGGGCCACCAGCUACAGCUCCGUGGUGGCCGACAACGCGUCUGAGCUGAGCCUGAGCGGUGGUGGGAGCGGCGGCGGCGGCGGAGGCCAAGCACUGGGGCCCCCCCAGGGGCCCCACAACCCCCCACCCACCACCACGAAGGAGGCGGCCGGGGCGGCCCCGGCCGGGGCAGGGGGUGUGGGUGGGGGCUCAGGGAGCGGCGCUGGAAGCUCCAGCCUCCUGGUGCCGCUGCCCGUGAACCCCCCCAGCUCCCCGACACCCAGCUUCAGUGAGCCCAAGGCAGCUGGGGCCCUGCUCAACGGCCCCCCCCAGUUCAGCACAGCUCCGGAAAUCAAGGCUCCUGAGCCGCUGAGUUCCUUGAAGUCCAUGGCGGAGCGGGCGGCCAUCAGCUCCGGCAUCGAGGACCCCGUGCCUGCCCUGCACCUGGCCGAGCGCGACAUGCUCCUGGGCAGCAGCUCGGCCCCGCCGGCCUCGGCCCAGCCCCCCCUGCAGCUGUCUGAAGUCAACAUCCCCCUGUCGCUGGGCGUCUGCCCCCUGGGGCCCGUGGCCCUCACCAAGGAGCAGCUCUACCAGCAGGCCAUGGAGGAGGCCGCCUGGCACCACAUGCCCCACCCUUCUGACUCGGAGCGCAUCCGGCAGUACCUGCCUCGGAACCCGUGCCCGACCCCGCUGUACCACCAUCAGAUGCCGCCUCCCCACUCGGACACGGUGGAGUUCUACCAGCGCCUCUCCACGGAGACGCUCUUCUUCAUCUUCUACUAUCUGGAGGGCACGAAGGCUCAGUACCUGGCUGCCAAGGCCCUCAAGAAGCAGUCGUGGCGAUUUCACACCAAAUACAUGAUGUGGUUUCAGCGGCACGAGGAGCCCAAGACCAUCACGGAUGAGUUUGAGCAGGGCACCUACAUCUACUUUGACUAUGAGAAGUGGGGCCAACGGAAGAAGGAGGGGUUCACCUUCGAGUACCGCUACCUGGAGGACCGGGACCUGCAGUGACCCCUGCCCACCACCCCUCUCCCCCUCCCCUGGCCCACACGACGGCCCUGCCCUCCCUGCCUGCCCCCAUCCCUUGGGGCAAGGGCGGCUCUCAGGGCCAGGGACUCUUCCCCCCCUCCCCAGCUGGGGAAGGACUUGUUUUUCGUAAACCUAUUUUCAUUUUUGAAGAUAUUUAUGAAUAAAUAGUUUUAUAUGA